GAGACCAAUGCUCACCACAGACAAGCAGUGUGUUACUCCCGCUGCUCCUUAAGAAGGCACUCGAGUCUGUUGCAUCUACAUAGGAACUCUUCAGGCUGAAUGCAGAUAAUAUUUAGUCUGCUAACCAAGAAGGAUUACAUUCAAAAAGGUUUAAGCUCUAAAGGUGCUGGAGAUCUGGAGACCACGGGACAAUAUUUCAUUUGGUAGUGUAAAUAUUAUCAGCUUGUGGAAUGUAAAGGGUGGAUCCAGACGUCAAGGAGGAAUAUCUGUUCAUGAGUAUAGCCUGGGAGUUAUAAUCCUUUUACUCCGGUGACACCACAUUGUCAUAGAAUACGGUAUUGCUUCUGGUGCCGACGAGACAUGAAACCUACAAUGAUUGGAUAUCAUCUCCUAUGGUUUGGAAUUUUGUGCAACCUGUGCUACGGUUAUUACAAUGGACCCCUCCAGCCUGAAAUGUCCAACGGGACUUUACACCAUUACUUCGUUCCUGACGGAGACUACGAGGAGAACGAUGACCCUGAGCAGUGUCAGAUGCUCUUCAGGGUGACGGAUGAAAGAGCAUGCCCUGGAGAUGGACAAUCUCUCUCCUUAAAGGAAGAAUUCAUAGUCAUCAAAAGACAGAUCGAAGAUGCCGAGAGAGUGCUCGAAAGCAUCACCAAAAGCAUAUCGUACGACUUGGAUGGCGAGGAAAGCUAUGGGAAGUAUCUGGGAAGGGAGUCCUCUCAGAUAAGCGAAGCCUUCUCCAACUCGGACAAAUCCUUGACGGAGCUCGAGGUGAAAUUCAAGCAGAGCCAGGAGAAUGAGAAGAACGAGUUGAAGGGGUUAAACGACGACUUUGUGGACAUGAUGAUCCACACAAGAGCCGUUCUGAAGGAAACAUUAGACGUCUCCAUGGGACUGAGGGAUAAGCAUGAACUUCUCUCUUUAACCAUUCGGAGUCAUGGAGCUAGACUAAGCAGACUGAAAAACGACUACCUGAAGGUUUGAACAUCUGCACUUUCUUGUCACUAAUUUAUGCAAGUUCUAAUCCUCUAAAACAUGAUUUUAUGAAGAAUACGCAUCGCUGUGGGCAGUGUUCUCGUAGCCAAAGCUAAGAUGGCACCGAGUGAUCCAGCAAAUGACUCCAAAUCUGAUAAUGACUUCCUCUUAUUGGAGGUGACACCAUGCCGCCCUCAUGGCUGACCAGCCGAUUGACUCAUUAAGUUCCAGUAAGAGCUGCUGUGCAGUGCUCUGCAGGUCCUCCAUGGUAAUGAAGGGGUUACAGAAAACUAUGACAUCAUCCAACCAGUUUACGGGGAAGCCAUAAAAUGCAUUGUAAACCAACCUAUGCACAAUUUUUUUUAUAUUUAAAUGGUUACCUUCUAUGUCAACAUUUUGGUUGAUCCUUUACAAAGGUGUCACAUGCUGGCAGAACCAUAGCAUCCUGGGAUCUGUAGUCCUUCCAGCAUUUAUUUAGAUAACUUAUAUAAAAAUUUUAUGAACAAGAUAUCCCCUCGUACUGUAUUAUUAUAGGUUCAGCUUACACCAGUAUAGUUUAUUUAUUUGAUCAGUAUCGCUACGUCAGUGUAAAUGAAUAUGCUGUAUAUAAGAAAUAUCCUAUGACAGAUCCGUAAAGCUUUUAUUUCUGUGUAAUGAACUCCUUGAGGUGAUUGAUACUUGUACAGCAGGGUGUUAUGCAUCAUAUGUGGCCGCUCUCAUCUAUGUGGAGUAAAAAAAAAAAAAGAGUACCGCAUUUCCUGAAAACAGCACCACUCUUGUCCAUGGGUUAUGACUGGUAUUGCAGCUCAGCGCACUCACCUGAAUGGAAAUGACUUGGGAUACCAGACACAACCCAGAGGUGCUGUUUCUGGAAAAAAAAAUACCCUGUUUUCCUGUAAAUCCAGAUGACCCAUUUAAAUAUAAUAUAUAUUAGCAUAGGGCUUCCUUGAUGAGUACAUCUAUUUUUUUAUUUUUGCAUGUUGUAGUGUUUGUUCAUGCCAGCAUUUCUUUAAAAUUUCAUAAGAAAAAAAAUAAACAUUUAAACUUUAAUUUGUAUGCUGCAUUUCAACUGUUAGGGUCCAUUCACGCGUCCGUAGAAUGGGUCCGGAUCUGUUCCGCAACGUUGGGGAACGA